CAAAAAAAUACUAGAGCAACAAACAACGUAGUGUGGUGGUUACUCAAAAAAAAUAAUAUAAUAAGUUGUUGGUGUUUUUAACUAUUUCUUCUACAUAAAACAAAAAUAAAAUUAACUAAAAUUUUACAAAACUAAUUGUAUGUUAAUUAUUGUUGUUUUAAAACAAAUAAAAAAACCUACAAAAAUAACAACAAAUACAGAACAAACUAAAUAAAAGAUAAGACUAAAUUUGCAAAAAAGCAGACAUCAAAUAUAAAAUCUGAAAGUUAAGAAAAAAAAAACAUUUAAAUAAUAAGUUAUUAUAAGGUUAUUAACAAAAUACCAACAACUACACAAAAGUGAAAAUAUAGAUAAAGUUAAAAAACAAGAGAAUCUACACAAAAAAUUUCAACAACAGCCUAUUGUACGGACCCAUACUUCUAAUAAGAAUUUAAUAAAUAAACCUUAACAAUUGUUUAUUUUUUACAGUAAACUAAUAAAUCAAGCUUUUCUGGAUUUAUUUUGCCUAGACUUGUCUUGUUUUGUCUUUGUUUUUUUACCAUUAAAUUGUUGUUUUUGUUUUUGGGUUUUUUUUUUGGCUGUUUCUGCUCUUCAUUAGCAACCAUCAUGACCAAUAUGCGUCCUCCAAAUAAAUCGACUUUAUUGAAAGUCGUUAUAUUGGGCGAUGGUGGCGUUGGCAAAUCAUGUCUCAUGAAUCGUUUUGUCUCCAAUCGUUAUGAUGAGAACAAUUUCCAUACAAUUGGUGUGGAGUUCAUGAACAAAGACAUUGAAGUGGAUGGUGAGAAGUAUACAUUGCAGAUUUGGGACACUGCUGGUCAGGAACGUUUCCGUGCUUUACGCACACCUUUCUAUAGAGGGUCAGAUGUUUGUUUAUUGUGUUAUGCCAUCGAUGAUUAUGAUAGCUUUCGUGGCCUUAAGCAAUGGCGCGAAGAAUUCCUACAUUACGCCGAUGUUAAGGCAGACAAAUUUCCCUUUAUUGUAGUGGGCAACAAGAACGAUUUGGCUCAACAAUGCCGCCAGGUUGGAUCGGAUGAGCUUAAACAAUGGUGUGAUACCUUUCAAAUACGCAGUCACAUCGAAACCUCUUCAAAAACGGCCACCAAUGUUAAUGAUGCUUUCAUUUUGGCCGUACGUCAAUGGAAACAUAUGGAACGUAUAGCAGAAAUUGAACUAAAACAAAACGACACAAUUGAUUUGACCAAAACAAUACGUUUAGCACAAAAUCGAUUUUGCUGUACGGGUGGUGGUAGCAGUUCAUCCUCUACAGCUGCCGGAAAUUUAGAAUCAGAAGAUGAAUCUAUGCAUACACCCUCACCACGACGAUUUGGUAAACGUCCAACGAAACCUCAAGAAACUCACUAUCAACUAUAAAAACGAAAAAGAUUAAAUAAUGAAAAAGUGCGAACCACUAGGAGGUUUAGUAGGCGGUUAUUUAAAACAAGAUUCAAAACUACAAUUGGUUGUAAUCACCAAAAAAAGAAACAAAAUUCUUUUAUAUGUAAGUUUUUUUCUAAAUACUUUUUUUUAAUUUUGUAGUUUGUUUUCAUAGCGAAAAGAUCGAUUCAUUUUUGCAAAUUGUAGUACAAAAUUCUUAAAUUCCAGUACAAUAACCUUGCCCGGAUUGAUUUUUUUUACACAGUCCCGAAAAUAUAAAAAAAGAGAAUCUCUCUCCCUUUUUUAAUACAAAUAUUCCUUAAUUUAUGGAAAAGCGCAAAUUUUAACCCUUUUAAACACAGUUUCCUUAUUAUUUAGUUCUGAAAUAUUUUCCUGUCUAUAUUCUAGUCUGGCAACUCAACUGUAGUCCACACUAUAGACAUAACUAUAGUCAAGAUUAUAGACUAAACUAUAGUCAAGACUAAACUACAGUCAAAGCUAUAGACAAAA